CCUGAAUUAUUUGUUUCCAAAUUGAGAACGAAACUUGGAAACGAUGGUUUGAGCAUUCCUCCGGAGCAGAGAGAUGCCCUUCUCAAUAUUUGUAAAGAGAUAGAAGAAAAGAUACCGGCGGUUAAUUGCUGUUGGCGUCUAUGUAUGGAAUUUGAGGACACUAAAGGAGGCGUAUUAGAUAAAAAAUACAAAGAGUUUGAAACGUGUGUACUCCAAAAGGAUGUUAUAGAUUGGAAACAAGUGGAAGAAAAAUUACGACAGUUUUUAUUGGAGUAUGACAGUACUAAAAGUGAUGAAUUGAGGUUUACGAUCAAGUCGACUACCUGGCGUAAAGUGUUCUGGACUCACGUUGGAUCAAUUCCAGUAUCCGUCCAAAAAUGCUUACAAUUAUGUGAGGAGUUAGAGAAAGCAUAUAUCUUUAGGAGGAUCCCAUUAAUUGAUGGCUACGAUCCAUACAUUGGAAGAUGUGAAAGAGUGGGAGAAUAUGUGCUUAAUAUGAAAACCGUGGAUUGGGACGAAAUCAGAAAAUUCUUGUGGGAAAUAAUUUUCGACUGGAGAAGAGAACUUGGCUUUCAAGGCAUUACUGUCGAGGAUCUGGAUGGUGAACAGCACAUCAUCUAUAACAAUAUGUAUCAUAGAUAUGGAAAUAUGGAUUAUCUCGUAAGUUCAGUUGUGGAUACAACUGGUCUUUCAAAAGAAGAUUUUGUAUUUGUGUACGGAAAGAGUCUUAUAUUCCCAUGGGAAAAUUUGUACAUACCUGACGGUGCAAAUAUAAAGCUUCUUCCGUUAAAGAAAGAACUUGCUAAUCAAAGUAUUGUUGUCGAGGAUCUAGAUGGUCAACAACACAUUAUCAAUACAAAUUGGGUGAUGUACAACGAUGAUGUUGAUUAUCUCGUCAGACAAGUUGCACGUACAACUGGCAUUUCAAAAAGAAGAUUUGUACUUGUGUACAGUGAAAAGCUUAUUGUCCCAGGACAAUAUUUCUACAUACCUAAUGGUGCAAAAAUACAGCUUCUUCCUGUGAAGAAAAACCAAAACCCUCCUACAGACCUUACUACAUAUGUGAGGGGUAUAUGCAAUGGCAUUUAUGGGCAGAUCCACAGACUGUUAUCGAACUUUCCCAAGGCCUUUGAAGACACUACACGUUUACUCUCUGAGAAGGAUUUUGUGAGGAUAUCUCAGUUAAUAGGUAAAGGAUGGGGAAUGCUUGGAAUUGAGCUUGGUCUUACGAAGGUGAAGUUGCAACAGAUAAAAGAAGACAAGCAAAAUGCAGUCUCACGUAUAUUUGAAAUGCUAAACCAAUGGGGUCAAACACGAAAAAAUGGAGCCACAGCAGGUCAACUGCUUUCUGCUGUCAUGAAAAGUGGAGUAAGCUGUGAAUUCGAAAACCUUAAACGGGCCCUUCUAAUUGGCUUGUAAGAGAACAUUCCUUACCUACAGAAACUAACAAUGCUUUAAUCAUGAUCCUGUAAAUAAACUUUUGACUUGUGAUAUAAAAUAUAUUUAAUCGGGACAAGAGACGAAAAAAAGGAACCUCUAGUUAUUUGUCACAUAUUUGUGGACUUAUAUUAUAAUGUCAAUAUUCAUAUAUCUUUAUAUCUUCUGCAAAAUAAUCACAUCAACUAGAUAACUCAUUCGUAAAAUAACACACAUACCUCCUUUUUAUCAACAGGGAGAUAUUUCUCAAUACUAUUAAUAUUUAUCAAAAAUAAGAUAAUAUAAUUUUACUCAGUACAAUAACCUUUUAUGGAAAUCAGCUUUUUCGAAGAAAUUCUUUAAAUUAUGUUUUGGAACCAUGUUUUAAAGAUUAUUUGCUUAAUUUGUUUUUAAUUGCAUGCUCUACUUAACACUUGUUUCUUAUUUAAGCAAAGCAGCUUGAUUCAGUUACUUUACAUAUUAGUAUUUAUUAUGAAAGGAUGUUUUUUGACUGGCAAUGGUUCACUGUUUAAAGCUUCUGUUUAACUAAUUUGUCUUUAUAUUUGUUUUUGGUAUAUAUGAAUUGAGCCUAGGUGAUUACAUACACUUUAACGUUUAUCAAUAUGGUUGUGUCAAAAUAAAUUAUAGUAUCGGAAUUGUUUGAUUUUAUUAACCUGUCAAUUACAUACUGAUUACACGGUCAUUGCUCACAAUAUAUUAAUCUUUGAUAGAUUUUCGUUAAGUUCAGUGAUAUGUACACAGUAAGAUGUCAUUUAAAUUAAUUUGUAUCUGUGAAGUUAUUGUACUGAGCGUUAUAGCACAAUAGGGAAAGCUGCGCAUUAAUAAUUUCUAAGUGCUUUAAGUUUUGUUAGAUGCAUUGGUGCAUGUUUCUUUCUUAUUUAUAUUUUCAACGUUAUUAAGGCUAUAGUUGUUUAGUAUGUUUUUUUGUUUAAAUUUAAUAUUUUGUGCUUUUAUUUGGGUAAAGUCCUUACUCUUUUGAAAUAACAUGGUUUAAGUAUUAAUACUUUAUUCAUUCGGAUUAAAAUCAAUAAAUGUCAUUUCAAUGCAGUAACGAACAAUGCAAAUCAAGACAAAACAUUGUUUCUAAGUUGCUUCAUAUUCGUGUAGAAAAUCAUGCAAGCACUCUGCAAUUUCCUUUAAAAUAUAUUUUGCAAAAAUAAAGAUAGGUCUAAAACAUUGGCAAAAGUAGUCAUCGAAAAACAGACCUCUCACAUAUAAGGUAAUUACUUAAGCAACAGUGUUAUUACGGAUAUAUCGACAAACAAUAAAUUAAGCUGGACCAGUUCGACUAUAAAAACAUUAAUCACAUACUCCAUCUUAAUUCUCGUAAACUACACGGACACAACCGAAGUGGGAUCGAUUAUUCAUAAUUGACAGGUCAAUGAAAUCAGACUAUAACAACAUUCGAAUGUAGCAAAAAAAUCUUACUCUUGAUUUAUAUAAAUAAAAUGAAUAUGUUUAUGAAUUUUGAUAUAACACUUGCAAUCAUACCUUUAUAAUAGUUAAGCGCUCCAUAACAUUUAUGAAACCAUACUAUGAUUUUAUCUUUU